GGAGGCGCGGACGCGCGGCGGAGCUCGAGCUGCUGCAGCUGCUGCCGCCGCCGGAGGAACCUUGAUCCCCGCGCUCCGGACACCCCGGGCCUCGCCAUGGCUGACCAGCUGACUGAGGAGCAGAUCGCAGAGUUCAAGGAGGCCUUCUCCCUCUUCGACAAGGAUGGAGACGGCACUAUCACCACCAAGGAGUUGGGGACAGUGAUGAGAUCCCUGGGACAGAACCCCACUGAGGCGGAGCUGCAGGACAUGAUCAACGAGGUGGACGCAGAUGGGAACGGGACCAUCGACUUCCCGGAGUUCCUGACCAUGAUGGCCAGGAAGAUGAAGGACACAGACAGUGAGGAGGAAAUCCGAGAGGCCUUCCGUGUCUUCGACAAGGACGGCAACGGCUACAUCAGCGCGGCGGAGCUGCGUCAUGUCAUGACGAACCUGGGGGAGAAGCUGACGGAUGAGGAAGUGGAUGAGAUGAUCAGGGAGGCGGACAUCGACGGGGACGGGCAGGUCAAUUAUGAAGAGUUUGUACAGAUGAUGACUGCGAAGUGAAGGCCCGGGCAGCUGGCGAUGCCCGUCCUCUUGAUCUCUCUUCUCGCGCGCGCACUCUCUUCGACACUCCCCUGCGUACCCGGUUCUAGCAAACACCAAUUGAUUGACUGAGAAUCUGAUAAAGCGACAAAAGAUUUGUCCCAAGCUGCAUGACUGCUCUUUCUCCCUCCUCCCUGAGCCUCCUCCCUGCCCCUCAUCUCUUCCUUUGGCCUCCCCUUCUCCCACUCACAUCUUCCAAGGCCUGACACGUUCACAAGACGAAGCCCCUCCCCGAGGGGAGCCUCUGCCCUCCUCCUCCCGCCCGGGUGGCUCCCCCCAUUUCAUUUUGUCUCCUUCCGUUUGUCAUCUUAUUUUGGGUGCUGGGGUGGCGGCCGGCCCCGUCCCGGGACCUGCUGGGUGGGCUCGAGGCCCUGCCCGGGCAGGAGAGCAUGCUCGCUGCUGCAUGCAGCCGGCCCUGCGGCUCCCUGGGCCAGUCCCAGCCGCCUUUGGGGCGGGGGUUGGGGCAGGCCUUCCAGCAGGGUUGAGGGGUCCCGGAGUUGCGUGUCAAGUGGAUGUAGCCUGGGAGGGGUGACAGGCAGCGGAGUGUUGGCCCCCCGGCCCACCCCCACUUGCGGGCCGACUCGAGAAGGGGGCCACAGUGGGAAGCACUCAGAUCCCAUUGGCUGCUGUCCUGAGACCACCCGAUGGCUUUCCAGGGCUGGGCCAGGUGGGGGCUGCACAGCCGCCCCCCUGCAGACUGCAGGCCACUUUCCAGCGAUCUGAGCUGUUGUGUAAAUACCUGGUGCUAACACCCCCUGCGGCUCCCUCGCACGCACCACACCGCCCUCUGGGCCUCUGGCGUUGGGGUCCCCUCUGGGAUGGACUGGGGACCCUUGCUUUGUCCUGUGCUGGCUGUCCUGUUUCUUUCUGCCCCUGAACCUUUUGAUUUUGUCAAGACCUAUGCCGGGCUGGCUGGCUGGAGGGUGGGGAGUGGGAGGAUGCGCCCACUGCGCUGGAGAGGACACACCCGCAAUAAGGCCAUCCUGGCAGCGACCUGCCCGGGACGGCUGCCUGCCCAGGACCGGCUCUGCCCGCGCUUCUCCGCGAGACUUGGCUGGCUCCCCUCGUGCGCUGUCCGCCUGCCUGCCCCCCUCCGCCUGCCUGCCUGCCCCCCACCCCACCGGAGAGCAUGAUCCGUGACCUCGCUUCUGGCGUUCGCCUCUGGGACAAGUAAGUCAGUGUGGGCAGAUCGGUGUCUGCAUUGCUCCCGUUUCUGUUUAUUCCAUCAGACCCGACCCCCACCCCCAGGUCGAUCAAGUGGCUUUUCCUGGACCUGCCCAGCUUUGAGAAUCCCCACCGCCCUCUGGCGCCCAGCCUGGGGGAGGCAGGGAGGGUGGGUCUGGCACCUGUGGAGCCGAGGACGAGGGCAGGUUAGACGGGAGGCUGUAGGCAUUUUUUCGGAGUGUUUUGAUUUUGGUUUUUUGUUGUUUUUUUUUUUAACCGGGCAAUAUUGUGUUCAGUUUAAGCUGUGAAGAAAAAUAUAUAUCAAUGUUUUCCAAUAAAAUACAGUGACUACCUGACUUGG